AGAAGAGAGAAGACAACAAGCAAGAAGAAGCAGAGCAGCAGAAGGUCGUGCCGAAAGAAAAGAAAAUCAAAAAAAAAGAAAUUGCCGUAAACGCAAAAAUUACAUUUUUAAAAAUUCCAUUUGUAACUGCUAUUUACGGAAAUAAGUGAAGUCACCUUUUUUUCGAAUCUCAUCAUUACUUCCGCUUAAUCGCAUAAUCAAUUCUGUAAAACGCAAUUAACUGGAAAAUUCCAAAAAACUCAUCGUUUUCGCAGCUUGCAAAAAAAAAGAUUACUGUUUUAAGAGAAAUGUCACAAGUGGACCAGAAACGAGCUUUCAAUAAAUUGAAACACGACCUAGAAGCAUGGCGUGAAUUAAUUGUCCUCACGAAUUCCUUCCUCAAGUGGGAGAAGAAAUUCUAUCCUGGCGUCAUCUUUGGCGUUGUCUCGCUGGUCUAUUUGAUCCUGUGGUAUCUCGAUAUGUCCACUCUGACUCUGGUGUCGCUGGCUGCAUUCUGUGGGGUCGUCUUCGACUAUGGCUAUGGCAUUCUAUCACAUUUCCUUUUCCAUGCAGAAAACUGGACCGGCUCGAAGGAAAAUCAAUUUGAAGAGGUCUGCAACGAGAUAUGCGCAACCAAGAUGAAAGUCUGCUCAUGGUACACGUUCUUGUUCACUGCCAAAGAGAAAAAAUCAACUAUGUUUCUCAUUGUGGUGAGCACAGUUCUGCUGAGUUUGGCUUGGAUUGGGUCCAUCAUGGACAACCUGUUCCUGGCCUACAUAACCACCUUGUUCUUGGGCAUGUAUCCGGGUCUCCAUCGUCACGGAUUCAUUGGCACCGUAAAGAACCAGUUUGGAACUCUUAUUUCCUCGAAAAUAAACCAACUCAAGGAGAAGACAACCAAGUCCGAGUAAGGACAGACAAACAACAAAUCAGAAUCGAUCAGCUCUUGAAGGGCCCAAUCAUUUUUUUAAUAACCGCUUCAGCUUGCUGCACCCGUGUGUAACCAAAAAUAUAAUAAAUCUUAAGUAUUUUGUAUCCUUUUAAGAGUUAAGAAUAGUUUUUUGUGUGCCAUCAUAAAAAGUGAUGAAUAUAAAUUCAAGGAGAGUUGAUUAACUUGUAAAGGAUUUCAAUGAUCUUAUAAAUGAAAAAGAAUCUUUUCACAUUUUAACACAUUAUUUGUUAUUUUCUCACAUCACUAAUUUAUGUUUAUAAUCAAUCAUACAUACCUCAUGUAAAAUCUUUUAAAUUAAUUAAAUUCAUUAUUUUAUAAUUAUCAAUCAGCAUCUUGCACAUUUAAUGAAUUUUUGUUUAGGUCCUUGGGAAUGGGGACUUAAUUUAAGAAGAAUGAAUAAAAGACACAUCUGUAACUUUAGGAGUAUAAGGCAUUUAAUUUGUGAUCUAUAAUAAUUAAAUUAUUAAUAUUAUAAUUAUUAUUAAAUUAAAAACAAAAAAUAAUAGAAUCGUGGUUCUUUUAACUGAAUUUAAAUAAAACAAGAAAAAUCAA